CCUUGGUUCAAAAUACGUCCAGAAGGCAGAACAGACCCCAAACACGCGAAGAGCAGCGGCGAAACCAGCGAAAAUCGGUGAAAGCAGCGGGCUAAUCCCAUAUUUAGCUCUCCCAUUCCAAUUUGAAGUGUUGUUAGGAUGUCCCGAUAUGGACCAGAAGAUCCUUCUGUUUUGCAUUAUCAGCACAGUCAUAUAUCGCGCAAGGCGUGGGCAGGCCAGGAAACAGCCUCUUUCAAUAUUCGGCGCUUUGAAGGACAUUUCUGGGAAAUCGAUAAUCAUCACAGACGCGUGAUUGAUUAUGUCUGUAGAUUUGGUUUAGGUGGAGUACUUUUCUGUGGUAAGGCUCUGGAUGUAGAUCAUGCGUUGAUCACAGCUUUGGUUGAGCGCUGGAGGCCAGAGACACAUACAUUCCAUCUUCCCGUAGGGGAAACUACCAUUACAUUACAAGACGUACAAGUAUUAUGGGCAUUACGUGUUGAUGGAGUACCCUUCACCGGAAAUGGGUUUUGUGAAUCUGGGUGGAGGGGUUUAUGUGAAGAGCUCUUGGGCUUCUAUCCCCUUCAAAGCGAGAUGAAGGAAAACGGUAUCUUGGCAUCCGCGCUAAUACAUAGGAUGGCGAUUGAACCGUUAGGAGAUGGUCUCGAAGACGAAGCCUACAUUCAACGGGCACGUAUGAUUGUGCUUGUGCUAUUGGGAGGGUUGAUCUUACCCGACGGCUCAGGGUGUAAGAUACCUCUCAUGUGGUUGACCCAACUUCGAGAUGUAGAGGCUGCCUCUAUGAUUAGUUGGGCGAGUGCUGCACUUGCUACAUUAUACCAUAAUCUGUGUGAGGCGUCUAUGGGCAAAAGGUCAGACAUUGGAGGUCCGACGGUGCUCCUACAGCUUUGGGUGUGGGAGAGAAUGCCCACUUUGAGACCGGAUUUUGUAGCGGCACGUAUACAUACAAACAACACUCCAUGUGCCUUAAUGUGGACUGGCUCCUAUAUGAUAAACAGAGCCCCCAAACAUUCGGUUCGACAUUAUCGUGAACAGUUGUCAUUACUCCAAAAUAACCAGUUUAUUUGGAUGCCCUACGUGGACCGUCAAUUGCCAGACUCCUGCCUCGAUAUGAACAACAGUUGGAGAUCUGUGACGUACAUUGUGUGUUGGGCUAUUGUAGAAGCACAUGAACCUGAACGCGUGGUUAGACAAUUUGGAGGCACGCCGUUCAUCCCGGAAUUGCGUGAUUGGGGUUUCAAUGAAACUCACUUCAAAACCAAUCGGCGUGGAAAGGCUAAGACGAACUGGGCUGUGCAGAACAAGGCCUACAUCCAAUAUUGGGAGAGAAGGUCUGAGUUCGUUACUAACGCUUACAUGGAGCCUCUUGCAGACCACAUGCAGGUGAUGAGGACUCGACAAUACAUGGAGUGGUAUUUUAAAAUUACCAUUACAUAUAUCACGCAGCCGGGUAGGCUUCCAGAAGUAGGGAUGAACACUGUUGCAUCAGCAUCUACAGUCCAGGAUGCCUCCAUGUUAAAUCAAUCAUUGAUCAAGGGGGAUAGAGAGAUGGUCUACAGAUGCCGGAAGAAGGCUCCCGUUAUCACUCAUCUCUCCUAUGCGGAUGACAUCAUCAUUUUCUCGAGGGCUCAUAGAGAGGCGGUGGAGAAGUUGGUUGGCUGCCUGGACCACUACAUAGCCAUGUCUGGUCAGCUGGUGAACAAUGGGAAGACACAAUUCUAUUUGGCGAAUGAGCACAUGGAGUUCGCUGACAUUGUGGAGGAGGCUGGAGGAUUUCUUGACAAGUUGGAGCAGAUAUUGGCUAGAUACUUUUGGAGCACAGUUGGAGAGAAGAGAAAGCUGCACUGGAUUUCUUGGCGACAGAUUUGCUUGCCUUUUGAUGAGGGUGGCUUGGGUAUUCGCCGCUUCAGGGAGGUGGCAGUGGCUUUUGGGUUCAAGCUGUGGUGGAGACUGCUAGCUCAGGACUCUCUUUGGGCUCAGUUCAUGACCCAGAAGUUUGGCGUACCUCUCGAUGUGAUAGACCAGAUCAAAGCCACGCCGAUCGAGUUGGGGGCGGAGGAUGUGAGGCGGUGGACUCUGACUAGCCAUGGCGAAUUCUCUGUGACCUCAGCCUAG